UCGAAGCGCUGGAGCUUCUGCUGUGGGACUAGGGGAUCACCUUUAGCACGUCCCCUACCUCACUGGGGUUUCUGUUUUAUUCUCACGCUGGGUGGGGGGGGCGACCCAAAUUCUGUUGGUCUCCCCAUGCCUGCUUGCACCCGCUUCACGCCCUUUGUGCAAACUCAGUAAAGAUCUGCUCUCCCGAUGAAAGUGGCUUACUACUUCCAGGUUUAACGGGACUUCCAGGCCAUCAAGAUGGAUUUCAGCUCUUACAGUGGAGUCCCCAGGUUCCUGACCAGGCCUAAGGCCUUUGUGGUAUCCAUGGGGAAAGAUGCCACACUCAGUUGCCAGAUCAUUGGAAAUCCCAUCCCGCUGGUCAGCUGGGAGAAGGAUAAACUUCCUAUCCAGACAGGGGGAAGAUUUAAAAUGGUGGAAGACGGCGACCUAUAUCGUUUAACCAUUUAUGACUUGAGUCUGGACGACAGCGGUCAAUAUAUCUGCAGGGCCAAGAACUCGAUUGGGGAAGCUUUUGCCGCAGUUAGCAUCAAAGUUGGGGAGCAGACCACUGUGACUGAAUCGGCACCUUAUUUCAUCCAGAAGCCCACUUCUAUCCGAGUCAUCAUGGGAGAAGACGCCAUGUUCAAAUGCAUUGUCCAGGGUAGCCCACCCCUUUCGGUGAACUGGGAGAAAGACGGGAGGCACCUGGGCGGUCGGUCAGAGUCCAACCGCAUCCAGAUUGAGACCCAGGGGGAGAAAAAUGCCCUCAAGAUCCAAAGCACUCGGUUGGUGGACAGCGGGACGUACACUUGCCGUGCAGAGAACCCUCUUGGGGCCACCAGCGCAGCAGCUGCAUUGGUGGUGGACACGCCAGAUUCUUACAGCCCAGGUGGCACGAGGCACGCUAUAGACACAGACAGCAGCAAGACCUCCCCUCUGCUCUCACACUUGCAAAAAAGGCGAGAAGAAAUCAGAAAGACAGACUUAACCAGUGCCGACUCUCUCAUCUCCACGGCAUACACCUCCAUGGAAGGGCGGUCGAAACUCGGCCUGAGCCUCUCCCUUGACUACGAGAGGGCCGCCAGUUUGACGGCAAAGAGCUUCCGGGGCGAUGGUGGUUCUUACUACGGGGUGACGACACGUACUUUCACCGUCACAGAAGGGAAACAUGCCAAGAUGAGCUGCUACGUGACGGGAGAACCCAAGCCAGAGAUUGUUUGGAAGAAGGACGGCGAGGUCAUCCUCGAAGGCCGGAGGCACAUCAUCUACGAGGAUGAGCAGGAGAACUUUGUGCUGAAGAUCCUCUUCUGCAAGCAGGUUGACAACGGCCUCUACACAUGCACGGCUUCCAACCUGGCAGGGCAAACCUACAGCUCUGUGCUGGUCACAGUCAAAGGUAUUGGGCAGGCAGUGACAGAAGGGCUGCAAUGGUCUGGCAGCUGUUUGGCAGCUUGUGAGCCACGAGCCGCAGGGCCUCCCUCGCCUUCCAUGGCAACAGGUGUCCCCGGGCACAAACACAGCCUCAAAGAGCAGCAGCACUUGAAGCCGUCCCCUCACUGA